ACCAACGAUCUGGGCAAACAUCGACGAAAGACCAAAAUGGCGACUGCAAUACCACAACAUUUCUUCUAACGAUUUCAGCCUCAGAUUCGCUAAUGAAACGAUACUGGACAAUGUUAAAGGUUGAAACCGGCAAAAUGGUAGAAGAAAUAGCAGCGACGCUACCUGAUAAUGUUUUAGAAGUCAUAUUUUCGUAUCUUGACCUUCAUGAUCUCAGGAACUGUUCUCUCGUGUGUAAAAACUGGUACAGGUUUUUAAAUGAUGAAAAUAAUGAUGUGUGGAGGUUACACUGUAUCCGUAAGCUGGCAGAAGAAGCCCUCAAGUCAGACCUGCUGUCAUCUGUGCCAACGUAUAAAGCGAAAUUACGAGCCUUCUAUCAUGCGUGGAAUCCGAAUGACUGCUCAAGGAACGUUUAUAUAAAGCCCAAUGGCUUCACGUUGCAUCGUAAUCCUGUGGCCCAAAGUACAGACGCUUCGCGAGGGAAAAUUGGGUUUCGGCAUGGUAGGCAUGCAUGGGAAGUGAUAUGGGAAGGACCACUUGGAACAGUUGCUGUUAUUGGUAUAGCAACAAAAGAAGCACCUUUACAGUGUCAUGGUUAUGUUGCUUUGUUAGGUUCCGACGAUCAAAGUUGGGGUUGGAAUUUGGUUGAUAACCAUCUUCUCCAUAAUGGAGAUUCCCAGGGAAAUUAUCCACUUCUUAAUAAUGCACCGAAGUACCAGGUUGGUGAAAGAAUACGAGUUAUCCUGGAUUGUGAUGAUAAUACACUAUCCUUUGAGAAAAACUAUGAGUUCCUUGGUGUUGCAUUUAGAGGCCUGCCAGACAAGAGACUGUAUCCGUCUGUGUCAGCAGUGUAUGGUAACACAGAAGUCUCCAUGGUGUAUCUCGGACCCCCACUUGAUGGGUAACAACAAAGUUGGUUAGAAGAUAAUGACAGUUACGUUUCUGGACAGCAGUGAAGUGAGUACAACUCCUGGAUGUGAUGACUUACUGCACUGCUUCAGAAUUUGUUGGGAUGCCAAUGUGAGACUUCUCUGAUUAUUAAUAUUAAAAUUAUACUGCCUCCAAUUGAAGGCUGUGGGUGCUCCAUACUAAUUGUGCAUCAACCAGUCUUGGGUUCCCUAUUCCAUGACACUGUUCUGUAUUUUCAUUGCACACUGAAUAAUAUCCCUGCAGUUUUGUUUAUGAACUGUUGGACAUUGUCCACUGUUUAUCACAUUCAGCAAGGGAAUGAUCAUGUCUUAAAGUGAUAUUUUAUUGUGUAUAUUAUUGUCACAAAGUUUAGAAAAAUGUUUACGGUUUUACUCUUGCACAUGGAAUAGAGAAUUUUAAUAUGACAUAUUAUUCUAGUGUGCAAUGAAGGUCAUGAUGGGGUAUAAAGUUAAAGUGCAAACCAGGCUCGUGUAGUGAGAGACAAUUUUCUUGAUAUUUGUAAAUCAACUAAUUUUUACAUGGUUAAUAAUGAUGUAGAGACAGCUUGAAUCAUUCUCAUCUCAUUGGGUGCCAACGGAUGCAUUUGUAUCAUUCAUAAUCUUAUUGUGACUGGGUGUUCUCUUUCUUAAAUUCUUCGAGAGGGAGAGACCACAUAUUUAUAGCAAAAAAUCCCCACUGGUGUGGAUCGUCAUAAUGCCGCUAAUGCCUUGUAUCGUUGGCAUAACGUUUUUUGUAAUAAAAUGUAUAUUUAUCUGUAUAGAUGAAAGAAUGUAACUAUGUGGCAUUGCAGACUCAACAUUUUUUAUAGCAAUGCCAGGAUUUCUUGUUACUGUACCAUUUUCAAGUUUCAUUAGUCUUCAUUUUUAACCAGUCCUUGUAACAACAUUGUUGAUGUCAGAGCCGUGCAAGUUUCGUUGUUUAUUUAUUAUUCUGAAAGUGGCUUUUGUUCACUGCUAUCACAUGUUGUAUGAACACAUAUUUUUAAUUUAUUUACUUUAGGGUAUACUGGAGAUAACAGCAGUUCCACCUUUUUUUACCAUGAAUAUUUUUACUGUGAUAAUGUGUUAUUUUUAUGUUGUUAUGUUUUUAUCUGUACAGAUUCUUUUUUAUAUGCAGAGUGAAACCAAUGCUAACAGUGUGUCAUGUAGAAUAAAAUGGAGGUUUAAUGAAAUUAAAAUGACAUGUCAUGAUUGCACGAGGCAAAUUCAAAUGAGACCUGUUCAGUAAGUGUUAUGGGUGAAGGAGUAGAGGCUAAGAAUAGACACCAAGGGCAUUGAGGCAAUCAUCCCACUGAUGUACCACCAUGGCCUAGACAGCUCUAUAUGACCAAAAUCUGUGGCCCCUUAUUGCUUUCUUAAGGGAGCCAAACCCAUGGAAGUCGGAUGGUGACAGGUAUGAGCGAUGUGAGGGAUUGUCCUACCUUCCAACUCAUGGAGUACAGCUUGUCUUGAACAGUGCAGGCCACAUGGGGGAUGGGCACUGUCUUGCAACAUGACACCCCUCAUGAGCAUGCCAGGAUGCUCUCUGUUGAUGGUGAUACAUAUUUCCAUACACAGUACACAUUCUUCCAUGAAUGUCACCUACUUGACAACCCUCAGCACCAAAGAACUGAAUGACAGCAUGUUGAUCCUGUUUGGAUGGAUGUGCACCUGGAACAUUGGCAUUUAACUGUCAUAAUGUUCCCACUUGUUCUGAUUUGACCAUUCUAUUGUACACCUUGUAAUCAGCUGCAUAUGUGUCAUGCACACAGCCACGUGGUCAAAUGUGACUGGGGUAUUCACUAGCAGUGCCAUGAAUGGGUUUCAUUUGAACAGCCAUCACAUCAUUGAAGUGUUUUUCUUUUAUAUUACCACUAUUUUGUGGUGUAAAGCUUGAGGUCACAGUACAUAAUUUCCAGAAUCCUUAUUUUGGUCUUCACAUGGAUUUGUUUAUACAGAUGUGCAGAUGCACAUUGUUGAUACAUGCAGUGGUCAUAAUUGGACAAAGUUAAAAAUACAUGGUAUUUGUUUUCCAUAGACUUUGUAUUUAUCAAAGUAGUGGACUGCAGUUUUAAUUAUAUUCCUUUCUGUCUAUUUCAAUAUGUUUUCUGAAUCUGUGUUUACUGGAAAACUUUCUUGGUCUGACAAAAUAUAUUUGAAACAAAAAUGUGAUUAAUGCAGUGGAUGACCAGUUUUUACAUUCAUUAUAGUUCUACAUUAGUUGUAGCUAAUAAGUAUCAUGUCUCCUUGGGUCUUCAGCAUAAUAGCUUGUUUUUCCCUAAGUACAGGUAGGUUAGUGGUUGAAUCAGUGUUGAGCCCACUACACUACUAUUUUUAAUUUUUGAGGAAACUUAAACCAUAUACAUUGCAACAUUUUUUAUUAAAUUUUUGUGUAUAUGC